AUGGCGGCAGUGGCGGCGGGCGGCCUAGUAGGCAAGGGGCGCGACAUCAGCCUGGCCGCCCUGCAGCGCCACGACCCCUAUAUCAACCGCAUCGUGGACGUGGCCAGCCAGGUGGCUCUGUACACUUUCGGCCAUCGCGCCAACGAGUGGGAGAAGACUGAUGUGGAAGGAACCUUGUUUGUUUAUGCGAGGUCUGCUUCUCCAGAGCAUGGAUUCACCAUUAUGAAUAGGCUGAGCAUGGAAAAUAGGACAGAACCCAUUACUAAAGACCUGGAUUUUCAACUCCAGGACCCUUUCCUUCUCUACAGAAAUGCCAGAUUGUCCAUUUAUGGAAUCUGGUUUUAUGAUAAGGAAGAAUGCCAAAGAAUAGCAGAGCUUAUGAAAAACCUGACUCAGUAUGAACAGUUGAAAGCCCAUCAGGGCAUUGGAGCAGGAAUCUCCCCAGUGAUCCUCCACUCGGGAGAGGGCAGAGAAGUGGAUAUCUUACAAAUGCUCACCAAGGCCAAAGAUGAAUACACAAAGUGUAAAACCUGCUCUGAGCCCAAGCAGAUAGCCAGUUCCUCUGCCAUCCGUGACAACCCUAAUCUCAUCAAGCCCAUCCCAGUGAAGCCCAGCAGCAGCCAGCAGCAGCACGCACCUCCUGGCCAGACUUUAGAUCCUGAACCCCAGCAUUUAUCCCUGACAGCCUUGUUUGGGAAGCAGAACAAAGCUGCCAGCCAGGAAUCAAUGGAGCCCCCCCAAAGCCUGCCCCGGCAGCAGCGAGGGACGCGUCCAGUCCGGCAGAGCAUUGUGCGCUCCCUCUCCUCGGAGGAGCCCAGAAGGGUCUCGCCCCCAGUGGAGAAGCAGCUGUGUCCAGCCAUUCAAAAACUCAUGGUCGGGAGUGUGGACCUGCACCCUCUGUCGGAGCUGCCUGGGCAGCAGCCCUGUGAGAAUGGCAGCGCCCGGCCUGCAGGGGAAGCUGCUGCUGGGCUCCGCCAGCCGGGGUCUCCCCGUAACAUCAGGACUCUGCAUGCUGGACACAGUGCUUCCGUGACCCAGAACUUGUUAGAGAAGCUCCAGAGUGCCCCGGAGCCAGCAACCAAGCCUGAUGCCAGCGCACCAGCGCCCACCAGUCUGGCUGCCCCUGGCGCCCACAGGGCCCUCUCUGCUGCUCCUCCUGUGGCUCCAGUUCAGAGUCUGGCCCAACCACAGCUGGUCUAUUUCAGUAGCUCUCCUGUACCUCAGAUGCUAGGACGUCAUGCUCACUGUGAGGGGCAGUACACGAUGCUGAGACAAACACUGCCUCUGGCUGGCAGUCAGACAAGCAGCCCUGGGGUGGUCUCCCCUCAGGAGCUGCUGAGAAGGCUCCAGGCAGUGCAGCAGGAGCAGCAGCUGCAGGCGGCACCCCGACCAGCCCUGGCAGCCAAGUUCCCUGCAGUGACCGAGAGCUGCAGGACAGGGAAGCCCUUGGAGUCCUGGCUCAGCAACACACCCAGCAUGGAGACGCAGGUCCCUCUUCUGCAGGUCAUCUCCCCUCAUCACGUCCUGGCUUCCGCGGCUCCUCCUGUGCUCAUGUCCCCCCUGGUAUUCACACAAGCCACCUGCGCCCCGCCAAGGGAGAGAGACAGUGGGCUCCUGCCGCAGAGCCCAGAGCCCUCCGUGGUCGCCAGCAGCCCACUUACCAGGCCGCAGCUCCAGGAAGCGCUCCUGUACCUCAUCCAGAAUGACGACAACUUCCUAAAUAUCAUCUACGAAGCCUAUUUCUUCAGCAUGACACAGUCGGCCGGGAAAAAGACGACGUGAGAGCAACUCCUCUGAAAGCACGCCGCUCCGAGUCCUAGAUCUCCUGCGCGAGGCCCUUUCACGUGAAGUGCUGUGGCCUAGAAUGUUUCUGCCUUU